AUGAGCUUAGAAAACUAAAAUGGAGAUUAAAAAUUCUUAGAGUAAAAUAUUUAAACAGAGAAGAAAAUAUUGUAGAUUAUUGAUGAGCUUGAAGAUGUUUACAUCCAUUAAAGUCUUUGGCUUUAAGGAAAAGAGUUUUUAUAUUCAAUUUAAGAUAAGGAUAUUAGGUAAGAUAGUAGAAUCUUGAACAUAGAAGCAAGAUUAUUGAUAUAAGAAGAUCCAGUUGAAUCCGAAAGAUUAAUGCAAUCCAUUUUUUUAAAAGACCCUUUAUAUUUUAAAAAUACUUUUGAGUAUUUGACCUUUCUAGUUGAUUCUUCUCAAGCAAAAUCAAACUUAGUACUGAAAAAGUUACAAAACUUACUAUUCAAUUUUUAGGAUGAAAGAUUAAACGAUGCCUACUACUUAGCUUGUAAAAGUUUAACCUUAAAAUCUAAGAAAAAUAUGAAUAUUUCAAGACAAAUAUUGAAAGAAGCUAUUUAAAAGGCUAAAAAACCUUACUAAAAAGCAGAUAUGUAUGCUUAACUAGGUAAUACUUUCUUAGACUUAGAAGACUUUGAAAAUGCUAUCUUAUGCUAUACAUAAGGAUUACAAAUUUAGCCUUAAAAUGACGAGUGUUUGAAUAAUAUAAGCUAUUGCUAUUUGGAAAUGAAUGAAUUAUAAAAGGCAAUACAAUUUGGAGAAUUAGCGCUAUAAAACUAUCCUAACAACUCUACUGUACUUGGAAAUUUAGCUUAUGUUUAUGAGGAAUUAAACUAGUUAGAUAAAGCAGAAAAUGCUUAUUUGACUUUAUUGUAAAAUAAAUCUAUAAAUUCAGUUUAGUAUUCUAAUUAUUCACAGUUCUUGUUUUACUUUAGAUUUAAAGACCCUCAAAAUAGAAUAUAAAUUUUAGAAAAUUUGACAAAAGGUUUUCUAUUAGAUCCAAAUAGAUAGAAUCCCAUAUUUUCAACAUUUUAUGAACUACUUAAAAAAACUGAUUAAUUUGCAAAAGUUAUUUAUUCAUACUAACCUAUCAUGUAUUACAUUAAUUUCAUUGAAACAGUAAGACUUAUAGCUCCCCACUUACUAUUAAGAAUGAUAGUUAAAAUAUUCUUGAACUUAUAGUUUAUUUGUUCGUCAGAAGCAGAUGAAGAAUAUCAAGAUUUUUCAGAUCAAAGUUAAGAUUCAUAGGAAGAACUUGAAAAUUAAAAUGAAAAUUAAUCAGCAUAAAUUUAAAAUCCAAUUAUAGGAAGCGAAAGAUAAUAAGAAGAAAUAAAGUCAGAAUAACAAUCAUAAUGCUUGACUUCGAUUUGCCUAUAAAAUAUAACUUAAAACUAAAAUGAAGAAAAAGAUGAUGAAUUAGAAACCAUCCAAUCUCUUCAACCAUAUUCAGAUUCUACUUUUAAAUAGGAAAUAUCUACUCUUCAAAAAGUUCAAAUAUAUAAAUUGAUGCAUGAUCUUAUAAAAGUUAAAAUCAAAGAAAAUCAAAUUGUGAAUAGUUUGAUAGUAUAUAACAAAUUUAUUUCUCAGAAUUUACAUUUUAAAAAUAAUAUUCAAUUCUGGGAUUUAUAUUUCGAUUGA